AUGAGUCAAUCACAGACAGAAGAUGGUUACGAGUUUUUUGUUCCUGAAGCGGUAGGUUAAAGGGUGGAACUCUUGGAACAACAUUUAUGAAAUCACGAAAAGUUGAGCAACUACGGAAUAUUUCUAAUUUUCUCGCUGAAAAUCAUGAAAUUUGCAGAAAAACUGAUCCGCUGAUCACGACAGAGUUGUCAAAAAUUAUAGAAAUCAACUCCUAAUAUGAGUUAUGACGUGGCAAAAAGUCACAAAGCUACAACUGACUUCAAAAAAUGAAUUUCAUUAAAAGUUAGUACAGCGUUGUUCGACAGGCUUGAAACGUUCAGACUUUAUAACUCACAUUGGAAGUUUAGUUUUGCAAUUUUAGAAGACGGAACCGUGAUCAGCGGGUCAAAAACUAUCCCUAAACUAUUUUGAAACUAAAUGAUUUCAGCUUCUCGCUCCACCCCCGCCACCAAUAGAAGAUGGAAGUGAAAAAACACCAACACCAGCACCGAUAAAAACCAAAACCCGAACAACAUCAAAAAAAUCACCAGAUCCUAACAAGAAAAAAGGAAAGAAAAGUUCGUUGGCGAAAAAGAAGGUGUCAUUAAUUGGUGUGACAGUUCAAUUCGUUGUCAGUAUUUUGAUGGUUGCGUUCAGUGUUUUAUGCUUAGUUAUGGUAAGUUUCAGCGGGAAAAAUCAAUAAUAUUUUUUGAAUUUUCAGAGUCUAAUUGCUUUCACAUCCUCCUGA